GUGCUGCUGACGAUGGACGUGGCGGAGCUGGCGCGCCAGGAGCCGAUGGAGACGGACGGCGAGCCGGCCGACCAGGACGAACAGCAGUGGCUGGCCGAGCUCUACACGCUGGUCCGCUCGGCGGCCGGCAUCGACGUGGCCGACGUCAGCCCGCCGCUGCUGCGCCAGUACAUCGUCAGCGCCGUCACGCCGUUCCUGCGCUGCUGCGCCCUCUACUUCCACUUGCUGACGGGCGUGCGCGCGCCGGCGGAGCUGCAGCAGGCGUUGCCGCUGACCGCGCAGCUGCCGCACCUGCUGCGCUAUCUGGGGCUGGACUCGCUCUGCGUGCCGCAGGCGACCGAUUGCCACAGCGCCCUCUACGAACUCGUGUUCCGGUGGUGCCGCCACUCUGCGGCCUCUCUGGCGCAGACGCCCGUGCGCCUCUUCUCACCGGGCCGGGUCAGCCGUCUGAUCGACCUGCCGCACGAGUACUCGGACCUCAUCAUCCAGGCGUCCAGUUUCCGGUGUGAGUGCGGCGAGUCGGACGCGGCGCUCAGCCCGGUGCUGUGUCUGGUGUGCGGAGUCAUGCUGUGCUCGGACGUGGCCUGCACGCGCGACCGGCUGCUCUCGAGGCGGGGCAUGGAGGGCCACGCGCUCAGCUGCGGCGCCGGCGUCGGUCUGCUGCUGCUCGUGCGCCGCUGCAAGCUUUACCUGGUGCACUCGGUCGCCGACGCCAUCGCAAGGAAGGCGCUGUUCCCGCCGCCGUAUGUGGACCGGUUCGGCGAGGUGGACCAGGGCCUGCGGCGUUCCAACCCGCUGACGCUGCAGCUGGAGCAGUACGCCAAGCUGAACCGGCUCUGGCUGUCUCACGGCGUCUCGGACGAGGUCACGCGCUACAUGGAGGAGUUCUCGUCCGGCAUGAUCCUGGACUGAGCGGCCGCUGCGCCGCGCGUGCCGGGCGGUGUCGAGUCCGACCUGGCGACAGCGCCGUUUGACGGCGGGAUCGGCGGAUGGUCGUCCGCCUGCCUGACGAGGGUGGCGGCCCGCCGAGGGUGGACGUACGUAGGGUCGACCGCGCUCACUCGGCGCAGGCCGGACCUCGGGGUCGAGGGUGACCUCUGCCGUGCUCGCGACGGGACUGGACCUUCGCUCGGGGCGGCGCUGGGCUCGCUGCGGCCCUCGGCCCGCCCGCUGGUGACCGGCGGCCCGACGUCGGGCGGGGUCGCCGCCGACCGGCCGGGGCGCCGCCGCCGCCAGCGCCGAGCGGCGCUCGGAAGUUUCCUGCGCUUUGGCUGUGUGAUCAGACGCGUGUGAUGUGAAAUGAGACACGUGUGAUGUGAAAUCAGACACGUGUAACUGAUGUCGCGGCAACUGACGUCACGGACUGCGCCCUUCGGCUGUUGGUGUAGACAUGAUUGAAAAUGAUGAUUGGAGGUUUUACAAUAAAGGUGUUUGU